ACACUGGUUUAUUCCUUUUCAAUACGGAAGCGAUUCUAGCUGUCAGAGAUUUUUGUAGUAAACAUUUUCUGCUUUCUUUUUUUGUUUGGGAGUAAGCAUAACAUCUAGCGACAGUUAAUAUGGCUUCUCCACGCUGGUUGCCUCUGGAGUCAAACCCUGAAGUCAUGACUAAGUUUGUCAGUUGUUUGGGGAUGAAGCCGACCUGGCAGUUUGGAGACGUGUACGGCUUGGAUCCAGAGCUGCUUAGCAUGGUCCCCAGACCCGUGUGUGCGGUACUGCUCCUCUUCCCGGUCACAGAAAAGUAUGAGGCCUUCAAGCAGGAGGAGGAAGAGCGGCUCAAAGAACAGCCGCAGGAAGUGUCUCCUGAUGUUUACUUCAUCAAGCAAACUAUUGGAAAUGCUUGUGGAACAAUAGGCUUAAUUCAUGCCGUGGCAAACAACCAGGCACGACUGGAAUUUGAAGCGGACUCUUCAUUGAAGAAGUUUCUUGAACAAACAUCCAAAAUGACUCCAGAGGAACGAGCUGUCCUCCUGGAAAAGGAUGAGAGCAUACGAGUUAUCCAUGAAUCCAGAGCACAGGAGGGCCAGACCGAGGCACCAAGUUUAGAUGACAAAGUGAAUCUGCAUUUUAUAGCUUUCGUGAACGUGGGAGGACACUUGUAUGAGCUCGAUGGCAGGAAGCCGUUUCCUAUUGUCCACGGAAAGACAUCAGAAGAUACUUUACUUGAGGAUGCAGUCGACGUUUGCAAGGUGUUCAUGGCUCGUGACCCUCAGGAGGUCCGUUUUACCAUCAUCGCCCUCUCCAAAGACUCUUUCUGAGGAAGACCCUCUGCAAACCCCACAAGCAAACGGAACAUUACUGCCAAAUACGCAAAGUGCUUUUUGUAUUGGGAAAUCAAUUAGUUGUGUUAAAAAAAUAAUCACAAGCUUAAGAAAUGACGCAAUUAAUGGGAUUUGAGCUUCACUGUGCAAAAAAAUAAAAGUACACUAAUGUUGAAACGCCUCUGAUGAACCACUCUUCGAGCUGCACUGGUGUUUAAUCCCGAUUAAGACGGAAAUUACAACCCCAGACAGGAGUUUUCCCUUUGUUUUUUACUUUAAAUGAUCCAGCCUGCAAUGUGAUUUCCAAGGAUCUGUCCGCACGACUGUCUCCUGACUGGAGUUUCCUUAAAACGUGCUUCUGCUCUGCUGUAAGUGAGCUGGACAUCAGUGUGGACAGUGCCUACAUUUUGUAUCAAUUCUGUCAAAUAAAGUUCAAGUUGAAUACACA